GCAUGUUUCUUUAACCUGUGGAGAACGGGAAGAACUGGGGAAUGUAUCAGUAGAAUAGAGAGAGCCGUAUCUAUAGGCUGUUGCUCCUUUCUAGUCAAUUCUCUUUUUUUAUUUUUAGUAGUAUAUUCAUAUAGCGACCCCCUUUUACACUCUUUAGAAAUCCUCUUUCUAAAUCGUAGUCUUUUACUCUUGGAAUUUCAUCUCGAUAGUGUUUUUAUCCUGCAGGAAGGAGACCAAUGGAUUAUUGUUCAACGUUUGGCGCAGUUUGUGUUCCCUGCUUGGUACUAUCAUGGAUGCUUCUUCCCACCGUCGGAGCAGCUAAAGGAAGAAAGGAUUAAGUGAGUUAUAAAAAGGCUGAUUAUCCAAUGUGGUCAUCUGGCACAGACAUAAUGCAGAGGCAUGUUAUAACUCACUUUUUGGAAUUUAAAGUGCUAUCUGUUCCAGUAACAUAAGAAUGAAGAAUGUGCACACCCCCAAGACUAAAACCCAAAUCAAUGUGUAGCUUGUCUUUUCUGUGUGUCAGUGUGACUGUUGGAUGUGAUUUUAGCCCUCCUCACCCUCUUGCUCGAGGGGGAGGGCUAUGAGGAUGACCAGUAUGGACAAAAUGGAAAAGGCGAGCUCUGGAUUUUCUACGUUAACGCCAGCCACGCUUCAAACUGCCUCCACCCCUGCCCCUUCUGUUCAACCAGUACCGAAUAUGACACCCCAACCACAGUUUGCUGAAAUGGCGCAACCAUAUAAUAUUCAAAAUCAAAUUAUGGGCCCAUUGCAGCAACAAAAUCGCGCUCACUCCAGGUCCAUGUCGUCUCUACCCCCGGAGUCGUUCAUGAUUAUCCGGAGCAAAGCGCUCAAUAGACGUGUUAUUAUUAAUGUUGGAGGUGUUAAGCACGAGGUUCUCUGGCGAACUCUAGAGCAUUUACCUCAUACUAGGCUUGGUAGACUUAGAGAAAGUAAUACCCAUGAAGCUAUCAUGGAACUGUGUGACGAUUAUAGUUUGGUAGACAACGAAUAUUUCUUUGAUCGUCAUCCUCGUUCUUUUAGUGCUGUGAUUAAUUUUUAUCGAACUGGUAAACUUCAUUUAGUGGAGGAAAUGUGCGUAUUGGCGUUCAGUGACGAUUUGGAAUACUGGGGAAUCGACGAAUUGUAUUUGGAGUCGUGUUGCCAACAUAAAUAUCAUCAAAAGAAGGAACACGUGUACGAAGAAAUGAGAAAAGAAGCAGAAUCAUUGAGACAAAGAGAAGAAGAAGACUUCGGUGUUGGACGGUGUGCACCCUACAAGAAGUGUCUGUGGGAUUUGUUAGAAAAACCAACAUCAUCAUUGGCCGCCAGAGUAAGAAAAUAUCUCCUUUUUAUGAUAACACAUUUUUUAAAAAACUAAACUUUUAACUUUUUAUUCUUUUAAUUCACAAAACUGUCGUGUAAUCAGAGGGGAUUUACAGUGGUACACAUUCUUAAACCACAUUGACACCUGUUUAUCUUAAAAACUCUUUUUUAUUGUUCAACUCUUCAGUUAAUCAUAUAUGUUCAGAUAAAUACAGAUUGUUAUGCUUAUUGUGGCGUAACUACCACUACGAUUACUAAACAUCAAUUCACUAAUUUAUAAGGCAUUGUACUCAAUUCAUUCUUGUGGUAUUGAUAGAUCAAGGUUGACUUAGUCUAAAUCUACAUUUCCCACAUUGGUGACCUGCAAACUAAACAUGCCUAUCUAGACACACGCCUAUUUCGAUGUAUGGUCCACACUGAACAGUUGACUUGCUUUUUGUGAAUGCGUCAUUGUCUUCCUCGCUCUGUUGCUUCUCAGUCUCAU